GUCAGCAUUGUUUUUGACCCAACACUCUCACCACCAGAAACAAUCCCAGAGGAUUCAGCAAAAUUCUACAGUGUUCCGCUAAAUCGGAUAAUUAGGCGACCAAUUGGUGUCGCCUUGGAAAUAGAUGGCAUCAGAGUAACUGCAGAAAAAUAUGGCGAACUAGCAAGUGUACCAUUUACUUUAGAGUCAGUCGAUGUUGAUGUGUACCAAAGAAUAACUGGAUCCGUUGACCAGUGGAAAAAGGAUGGCGGCAUCUUAUGUCAGUGGAAAGACAUUACAAAGUCACAUAAAUCAAAGUUUUAUUGUGGUGAGAAACAAAGGCCAACAACAUUGACCAAAGAUCUGAGAGCAGUCAAUGGCUACCUGUCUGUUGAGGGUUUAUUUCACUAUCACUCCAGUUACCUUAACCUUCCAACCAAAAAGCGUGUGUUUAAAUUUACAGUUACAUUACCCGACUCCUCCACUGUGGAAAACGCCACACAUCCUGUGCUUGUUGAAACACCUGCAUGGACCAUACAGUUUUCUGAAGAUUUUCCUACCACAGUUCUAGCAACGGUUCCAUUUAAUGUUUCACUGAAAGUACUGGAUUUCAACAAGAAUAUUGUGACUACCGGUCUCGAUUCUAUAGCAUGGGUAGCUCUCCAACUACAAUCAACAUCCGGCAAACAGAUGUCAAGUUCGGUGAUUGCUAAUUUUGUGACUCCAAAAACAGCCUCAGCUGGAAUAGUGACUUUCUCAAACAUCAGUAUUGUCAACUUUAGUUCUGAUUUGAAAUUCAUGGCCACGCUCAAAAGAAUAGAUGAUAAGUUGGAUUUUGUUGGUGAUGGUGGAAAAAAAAAAACCGAUCCGGUGGUUUUUUCCCCAAAAUUUCAAGUGAGAGCUAUACCAUUAGGUGAGAUCAACAUUGUUUUUGACACAAAAUCGUCUCCACCAGUGAAAAUUCCAGAUAAUUCCAAAAAAGAAUACAGUGUUCCAUUAAACGAAAUGAUUAGCCGUCCCAUUGGUGCCUUCUUGGAAAUGGAUGGUGUUCGAGUAACUACAGCAAAAUAUGGCGAAUUAGCAAACGUACCAUUUACUGUGGAGUCUGUUGAUGUUGCCAUGUACAAAAAAAUUGACGGAUGUGUUGACCAGUGGAAAAAAGAUGGAGGCAUCUUAUGUCAGUGGAAAGUCACUACUAAAGAGUCAGAUGAUUUAAAGUUUUAUUGUGGUGAGAAACAAAGCCCGACCACAUUGACCAAAGAUCUGAGAGCAGUUAAUGGCUACCUGUCUGUUGAGGGUUUAUUUCACUAUCACUCCAGUUACCUUAACCUUCCAGCCAAAAAGCGUGUGUUUAAAUUCACAGUUACAUUACCCAACUCCUCCACUGUGGAAAAUGCCACACAUCCUGUACUUGUUGAAACUCCUGCAUGGACCAUACAGUUUUCUAAAGACUUUCCAACCAUGGUUGUAGAAAAUAAUCCAUUUAAUGUUUCACUAAAAAUAGUGGAUAUCAAUAACAACACUGUGACGUCUGGUCUCGAUUCCACAGCAAUUGUAGCUCUCAGAAUAUCUCCGGAAUUCAGAUCACAGGUUGUUAUGGAAAGUCCAGAAAUGAUGAUGAGCAAUAUGCAAGAUUAUAUUAUUCAAAAAAGAUCCUCAGCUGGAAAAGUAACUUUCUCAAACAUCACCAUUUCGAACUCUCAUCACGGUUUGAAAUUCAUGGCCGCUCUAAUCAGAAUAGGGGAUAAGGAUAAGUGGUUCAAACAUCCAAGUGCUUAUAGAGAAUUCCAGAAGUUUGUUGGUGAUGGUGGGGAAAAAAUAAUAGAUGACUUUGUUUUUUCCCCAGAAUUUGAAGUGCAAGGGAAAUACUGGAAGCAAAUCAGCAUUGUUUUUGACGUAAAACACUCCCCACCAGCAAAAAUCCCAGAGGAUUCCAAAAAAAUCUACAGUGUUCCACUAAAUCAGAUAAUUAGCCCUAUUGGGGCAUUCUUGGAAUUAAAUGGCAUUCGAAUAACUGCAGAAAAACAUGGCAAACUAGCAAGUGUAUCAUUUACUGUAGAGUCAGUUGAUGUUGAUGUGUACCAAGAAAUAUUGGGAGCUUUUGACCAGUGGAAAAUAGCUGGAGGCAAAUUAUGUCAGUGGAAAAACACUACACAGUCAAAUGAAUCGAAGUUUUAUUGUGGUGAGAAACAAAGGCCAACAACAUUGACUAAAGAUCUGAGAGCAGUCAAUGGCUACCUGUCUGUUGAGGGUUUAUUUCACUAUCACUCCAGUUACCUUGACCGUCCAGAAAAGAAGCGUGUGUUUAAAUUUACAGUUACAUUACCUGACUCCUCCACUGUGGAAAACGCCACACAUCCUGUGUUUGUUGAAACUCCUGCAUGGACCAUACAGUUUUCUAAAGACCUUCCAACCAUCCUUGUAGAAAAGAAACCGUUUAAUGUUUCACUAAAAAUACUGGAUUUGUCUAAAAAGAUUGUGACCACCGGUCCCGAUUCCACAGCAUGGAUAGAUCUCCGCAUGCAUUCGAAAUAUGGCCAACAGGUGCGGAUGAAAAGUCCCGAAACAAAAACAACAAGUUCUGCGUCCGAUGAUGACUUGAUUCAGAAAAGAGCCUCAGCUGGAAUAGUGACUUUCUCAAAUGUUACAGUACUGAAGGCUCAACCUGGUUUGAAAUUAUCGGCCACUCUCAUCAAAGCAGAAAAUGAGUGGUCUAAACAUCCUAAUGCUUACAAAGCAUUCCAGGAGUACGUCGGCGAUUAUAGAACAGCAAUAACAGAGUUCAGUGUUAGUUCCCCACAAGUAGAUGUUAAAGAGAAAUCAUGGGAUGAGGUCACCCUUGUUUUUGACUUAAAGCUCUCUCCACCAGCAAUAAUUCCAGAGGAUUCCAAAAAAGUGUACAGUGUUCCACUAAAUCAGAUAACUAUUAAACCUAUUUAUGCCAGCUUGCAACUCCAUGGUGCUCGCAUCACUGUACAAAAACAUGAUGACUUAGCAAGAGCACCUUUUACUGUAGAAUCAGUUGAUGUUGACGUGUACAGAAAGGUUAAAGGAAGUGUUGACCAGUGGAAGGAAAAUGGAGGCAUGUUAUGUCAAGGGAAACACAUCCGAGGGUCUGAUUUAAGGUUUUAUUGUGGUGACAAAAACAACCCAACCACAUUGAAGAAAAAUCUGAUAGUAACAAAUGGCCAUCUGUCAUUGGAGGGUUUAUUUCACUAUCACCGCAGUAGCCAUAACCACCCAGCUAAAAAACGUGUGUUCAAGAUCACAGUUACCUUGCCUACCUCCACCACUGUGGAAAAAGCCACAAAUCCUGUGCUCGUUGAAACUCCUGCGUGGACCAUAACCUUUUCAAAAGAUUUUCCCACCACAGUUGUAGCAAACAGUCCAUUUGAUGUUUCACUUCAAAUACUGGAUAUCAACAAAAACAUUGUGACCACCGGUCUCGAUUCCACAGCACAGGUUAAUCUCAGAGUAUCUUGGGAAUCCAGCAAACAGGUAUGGAUGAGUGGUCCAAGAGUUAGACAAAGUUCUAAGUAUAAAGACUUUGUGGUUAUGAAAAGAGCCACAGCAGGAAUAGUGACUUUCUCAAAUAUCCAUAUUAACACCAUUCAUACUGGUUUGAAAUUCAAUGCCACUCUUGUCAGAAUAGGACAUUGGUGGUAUCGACAUCAAAAUGCUUAUGGAAUAUUCCAGGAUUUUGUUGGUGAUGGUGGAAAACAAGUAACAGAUCCCAUUGUUUUUUCUCGACAAUUUAGUGUCACAGGUCAAAGUGCAUCAAUGCUAUCAGUGUCGUCAACAGGUUUUACGGAAAUUGGAGCUAACAUCCCUCUGUCUUUGAAGGUUGUAGUGGAAAUAAAAGAUGAUAAUGGGAAAAGAAUCUUUUUUGGCAAAGAUUCAGCAUUGACUGUAACAGCAAAGACCUUUCCUGAUUCUGCCUGCCUCUCCAGAGAUGCUCAGAUAAAUAUGUCAAAGGGCUUUGGCAGUUUCUUUGGCUCCAUAUGUGAACCUAUUGAAGCAGUUCAACUUUAUUUCGAAGCCACGAUCAGUAAUGGUUCCGUGAUCAGAUCGAAAAGAACUCGCAAGUUUAGAGUGACAGGUGACAUUUAUCUUGCACACUAUAGUAAUUUUGAGAGUAUUUGGAUGAAACCAUCUAUGGGUACGAUGGAGCAGAUGUUUAUUGAGAGAGCUCUGAAAGCUAUUAGUAAUAAUAAAUAUCCUGGCGUUUUGAAAAACCGGACACUGAUUGUCAAAGACUUCAAUAACAAGGAUGAUGUCUUUCACACCACAAGAGAGUUUGAAAAAAUGAUUAAAUAUAGCGAGAAAAACCCGAACAAACAGAUUUCUGGAAUCAUUGGUCUUGGAAGUAAUACUUUGACAGACAAGCUUGCGUUGUUGCUGAAGUACUAUAAGAUGCCAACAAUAGGUAUAACAGAAGACUGGAUAAUCUUUGGAAACAAGAAGGAAUAUCCAUAUUUUAGUCGUCUAUGCUGGGAUGAAGCAGCUAUCAAGCUGAACCUCAUGUUGGCAGCUCAAUCAAGAGGGUGGAAUCGCAUGAUAUUAAUUAGUGAUGAGAAGCGUUAUAUGCAACAGAGUAAUUUCGAACAUGCCCGUGAAUAUGGAAUACAAAUUGUUGGAGAGGUCAUUGUCCGUACAAGUUUUACUGACAAGGAAUUGGAUUCUAAAAUGAAGCACAUAAAGAGAUUGAGCACAAUGAUAAUAAUUCUCACUGUUGAGUUUCCAAAUAAUGCUCGUAUCCUUCGAGCAGCAAUUCGAAAUGAAAUGGCUUGUAUGCAUGGCUAUCAGUGGGUCACUAUUGAGGAUUAUUCAUGGCAAUUCCCUUGGACGAAUCAGCAUGAAGCUUGUAAGAAAGAACCAAUCUGCACUGUGGCAUUUACAGGUCUGCAUGCAUUUUCUUCGACGUACCAGCUUUCUGAAGAUUUUGAGUUUGACAUAGAUUUUUCAUCUGUAGAAAGUCCAGAAUAUGGUGACAUUCAGACUGUUCAGUUGUAUGCCUUGGCUUACGAUGCAGUUCUUGUUUAUGCCAAGGCAAUGACUGCCAUAAUAAAGGAAAACUUAACAAUGACAGGACCAAGACUGUCAAGAGAAAUUCGAAAGGUUGAUAUAAAAGGCAUGACUGGGAGGCUACAUUUCAGUAAUACAGGAAAUCGGCCAGGGUAUGCUGGAUUCCUUGUCACCGUUAAUCCACAUCCACCAAGAUUUGGGAUUCAUGUAUCACAAGUGGCCUUGUACAAUCGUUAUUUUAUCGGAGUGAAUUAUACAUACCAAAAAGAAUUCCGUAUGCGAGCAUUACCACCACUCGAUACACAUCCUUGGAACUUGAUAGUGGCUCCAAUAGCAUUUCCAAACACUACAUUCGUCAAUACAAGAUAUUACCAUACAUCAACUGGUAUGAUCGUUGAUGAAAGAGGUGGUGUCCUUCGACCCAUUCCACCAGACACUAAUCUACCAGUUAAUACUGAGAAGAGUGAAAUUACUGUUGCACCUUUCUAUUGUAAAGAAGGAUGUGGUGGAAAGCAGCUUGAUGAAAAAGAUAUAACAUUGUAUGAGCUUGGAAACUGUACAUCUAUGAAUACAUGCAAGUGUAACGAUGGCUACUUUGGUAAAAACUGUUCACUAAUGCGUUGUGAAUGCUUCCAUGGGCAUUGUGAAGUGGUUGAUGUCUGUAUAUGUGAUCAGGGCUGGACUGGUGAUAAAUGUGAUAGUGCUAUUUGUGACACUUGCGAGCAUGGAGAGUGUACUGAGCCAGACGUGUGUUUGUGUCACAACAUGUGGACUGGUAGCGGCUGUAAACAUUCAGUGACAGUUAUUAUCCUGCUUUCAAUUAUCGUUCUCAUUCUUCCUGGCAUCUGUAUUUUCAUUAUAUACAGAGUUAUUGAAAGACGAAGAGCGGUGAACAACUUGGACUGGGUGGUCAAAUGGGACGACGUUAUUGAAAAUCAGAGGACCAGUCUUGUUUCUAGUAUCAAUACCGAGAGUGAAUUGGACCUGCCAGUUCUCAAUAUUGUCACCUGGAAACAUUGUAGGUGUUAUGUAAAGAAAUUCGACAUCCCAUCUCUGGAUUCUGGUAAGAUAAGCCUCAGAAAGGAAAUGAUGUAUUUGAAACAAGUGAAACACAAUAACAUUAUCGGCUUCAUUGGAGCCUGUUUGGACCAUCCUAAUGUCAGCUUACUUUUUGAGCUAUGUUCAAAGGGAAGCUUAGACGACAUCAUUUUGGAUGAUUCUGUACCCCUGGACUGGGACUUCCGAUUCUCCUUAAUGAAGGAUAUUUGUCGGGGGAUGGAUUUCCUCCACAACUCCCCCAUUGAGUCUCAUGGACGUCUCAAAUCCAGUAGCUGUCUCGUCGAUAACCGGUGGACUUGUAAAAUAACAGGCUUUGGAUGUCCAUCGUUUAGAAAUAAUCCAGCAGAUGAUCCUGAAGUCUAUGCAAGCAAACUGCUUUGGACGGCUCCAGAAUUACUGAGACAUAUUAAGACCCUGUUUGACAUUCGCAAAGGGACUAAAGCGGGAGAUGUUUAUUCAUUUUCUAUAAUUAUGUCUGAACUUAUCACUCGUGAUCAACCAUAUGCCUACGAGCGUUCUGAAAUGGAAGUAUCUGAGAUUAUUAAUCUUCUGAAGUAUAAGAAUUCCCCAAUUAAUGUAGAAUCAAUGAAGAAACUGAGUACUUUGGGUGCUGUUUACUUAAUAGAUAGGUUCCGACCACAUAUCAAACCAACACAUUUGCUGGAGGACAGUAAUGCUGUGGACAAUUUGAUAGAGCUGUUGAUAAACACAUGGGAUGAAAAUCCUUUGGAGCGUCCUACUUUCAAGAGUUUGUUGAGCGAUCUUGAUCGUAUCUACCCCAUAGAGGGAGAGCUCAUUGAUAACCUUCUAAAUAUGAGGAAAAUAGAAUGGAGAUCAUGGGGAUGGUUCAGCAUUGUUUUUCUUGAUGGCUUCUCGCCACCCGCAAGAAUCCCAGCGGACUCUGAUAAAGUGUACAGCGUUCCACUGAACGAAAGAAUAAGUAAACCUAUACUUGCCUACCUGUACAAAGAUAAUGUUAGAGUAACCAGCAAAGAACAUGGAGACAUUGCCAGUGCACCAUUUACUAUUGAGUCGAUGGAUGUUAAUGUGUACAGAAACGGAAAGGCGGGUGUUGACAGGUGGAAGCAAGAUGAAGGCACUCUGUGUCAGGUGGCAUACAAUGUGAGAUACCCAUAUAGGUGGAACUCAAAGAAAGCCAAAAAAUACUGUGGUUUAUGGUUCAACCCAACCAAACUUUUCAAAGAUCUUCGGUUGUGUGAUGGUUUGCUUGUCGCAGAAGGUUUAUAUCACAAACAUGAAGAUGGGAACAUGAUUCCUGCAAAUAAACGAGUGUUUAUUUUUAAAGUCAUCUUGCCUCAUUCACGUACUGUUGAAAACGUCACCAAUCCUGUGCUUGUUGAAGCUCCUGCAUGGUAUUUACAUUUUGAAAAUGAUUUUCCAACCGAAGUUUUAGCUAACCAACCAUUCAGUUUUUCUUUGAAGAUAGUUGAUGCCGAAAAUAAAAGUAUUGUGACAACAGGCCUGGACUCCACAGCAUUUGUAACAGUCCGAGUGUCAUGGGAAUACGUGACACUCUUUUAUAAGGGUGGGAAAGACAUGUUUCUGAGGUCCACUGAAGCCCGGAUGGCUGGUCCAGAAGUGAAAGAAGACCCCACUUACCAUGACAUGGUACUUGAGAAGCGAGCUAGUGCAGGAAGGGUGACCUUCACGGAUGUUCGAAUUCUGGACAUUCAUUCUACCGUGAGAUUAAAUGCGACCUUGACCCAGGCCAGAUGUAAUUGGAUUCGAACACCAAAAAUGAACAGAGAUUACAAGUCACUGUAUAUAGUAAACGCUUCCACACCGGAUCUAUAUUACAAAUACAAGCUGAUACGACCAAUUGACCCUUCUGUUAUACUUUCCAAAAGGUUGAAUGUGACAGCACAGUCAGCAACAUCUCUUGAAUUGAUUACACCACUUGAAAAAAUUCCUACAAAAAUUGGGGCAAAUUGUCCACUAGAAUUGGAAUUAGAAGUAAGAGAUCAGCUUGGAAACAGAAUUUUUUCUGGACCAGAUUCUAGUUUGCAUGUAGAACUAAAGACCACUCGUCCAGAUGCCUGCCUCUCCAGUGACACAUAUGUUACAAUGACCGAGGGCAGAAUUGUUUUCGCAGGCUCCAUUUGUGAACCCAUUAACACUGUUCAAAUCUAUUUCAAAGUCACAACUGCAGCAAAGACGGUUCUCAAGUCAAGAAAAACUAACAGAAUUACUAUUACAAACGAUAUAUUCAUUGGUCACUACGACAAUUUCUAUGUUGAUCAGACUGGGGCAGCUGUUGGGCCAACAGAGAAUGCUUUCGUGAAAUAUGCUGUCACUGAUAUCAGUCAAGGAUUUUAUCCUGGCCUCUUGAAAAAUAGAAAUUUGAUUGUUAAAAGCUUCAAUACAAAAGGAGACACAAGGAGAGCCCAUAACUUGUUUACAGAAAUGGUUAAUCAUGGAAAAAAGAAUCCUAACGAGAUGAUACGUGGUAUUAUUGGCAUGGGAGGCAAUGCUUUCACGAGAGAACUGAGAUCACUGCUGUACGAGUCAAAGACUGUAACAGUUGCUACAAAGGAAGAUAGUGUUGACUUUGAAAGUACAGAAUAUCCAUACUUCAGUCGGCUUUGCUGGACAACAGAGCAGAUAUUACAAAAUCUUUUUAUAGCAUUUUUGGCCAGACAGUGGAAGCGAAUCAUUGUUGUCCGUGAUUAUAGAGAAGCUUUGCCAGAAAAUUUUAAAGGCGUGGCCAGAAAAUUUAGCAUCACAGUUGAGAAAGAGAUCUUGCUCUUUGACUUGCCGGGAAAAGACGAUUGUGCAGAAUGUUUUUACAGAAAGGAAAUGAAGGCAGUACAGAUGUCUAGAAUACGGAUAGUACUCUAUCUUGUAGCCAAGCCAAUGAUUUAUUUCCUUAUCAAAAAUGCAGCCAGAUACAAAGUGUCUUGCAUGGAUGGUUAUCAGUGGGUUACCUAUGGGAAAUAUGUGAAUGAAUUUCCAUGGGAAAACGAACAUCACGUGUGUAAAAAAGAGCCGUUUUGUACUGUGGCCUUCAAAGGUAUGCAUGGUUUUCUACCAGGAUACAAUGUGUCUAGUCUUGUCACAAAACAAUGGCUGCGACUUUUGAUUCCACACUUUGCUGGUGAUUCUUCUGCCCAGAAAGAAACAAUCAUGUUUCCCGGUCAGGAUGCUGUAUUGUACGGUUUGGCUUACGAUGCAACCAUGGUAUUGGCUAAAGCAUUGAAUUCACUGAUAAAGAAAACAAUGACGUUCACAGCAAGCCAAAUAAAACAAGAAAUUGAAGUGAUUGACAUAACAGGCUUAACAGGAAAAAUAUGGUUUGAUAAGGCCAAACAUCGGAAAGAAUAUACUGGAUUCUUAAUAACCGUUAAUCCAAUACCAGAUAAAGUAAAUACAAGAAAAUCACAAGUGGCAAUGUAUGGCCGAUAUUUAGUGCAUUCCUCGGAGUACAAAGAGAUACCGCUGGAAGCUUAUUAUCCAUUUGAUAAUACGCCUUGGAAUUUCACGUUGAUUCCUGUUGUCAUUGCCAAAGCUAAAUAUGUUAAUAAAGUCAGAAUUCCGUCGUCAACUGGGAUGAUUAGCAGUCUCUCAUUUCAACAUGAUCCCAUCCCGCCAAGUACAAUGGCACCAGUUAAAAGUUACCUUGAGGAAAAUGCAGUUGCACCUUUCUAUUGUUUCAAUGGCUGUGGUGGAAACGAAAUAACCAAAUUCAUUUAUGACCAUGGAAAUUGUUCAGGAGUAAACAAAUGCGAGUGUAUUGAGGGUUUCACAGGUAAAACAUGUGAAUCUAUUUACUGUACAUGCACUGAUGGUCAAUGCUUCAAAGUCGAUGACUGUAUCUGUGAUUUGGAUUUCUGUAGCACGUUUAUUUGCAAACAGCAUUGUGUGCAUGGAACAUGCACAAGUCCCAAUGUUUGCACCUGUGAAGCAAGUUGGAUUGGUGAUGACUGCAACCGGUAUCUGCUAUCUGCGAUAGCCUUUCCAGUGGGCCUCACUUUCUUAGCUAUAGUCUGUCUGAUCUUCAUGAUUCGAUAUCUUGCAAGAAAAACUGCUAAAACGUUGGCGCGGUUUCAUCUGGACUGCAUAUUUCCAUGGAGUGAAGUAGCUGCUGUAAAACAGGGACUCAAUUUUGUUUAUGUUGCAAGAGAUUUAGAUGUAGAUUUCACCGCACAUGUUGUCAAAUGGAGGGAUAAAAAAUGUUUUGUCAAGAAGUUCAACGUUGCUUCCGUUGAUCCCACCAAUAACGACGUACUCAACGAUCUUGUUCUCAUGAGCACAUUAAAACACAAGAACAUCGUCACGUUUUAUGGGUGCUGCCUGACCGAGCCCAACGUCUGCGUGCUGCUGGAGGUUUGUCCGAAGGGAAGCUUAGAUGACCUGCUGGCCAAUGAUGCUGUGAAGCUGGACUUUGAUUUUCGCUUUUCCAUUCUGAAAGAUAUUUGUCGGGGGAUGAUGUGCCUUCAUGAGUCUGAAAUUGAAUCACAUGGACGUCUCAAGUCAAGCAACUGUCUUAUUGAUAACAGGUGGACGUGUAAAAUAUCGGACUUUGGAUGUCCAUCAUUGAGAUACAAUACUUCAAAGAAAGAUUCUUCCAUCAUGAUUCCAAAAUAUGAAAAAAAAGAAUCCAUCUUCAGUGCCCCAGAGCAUCAAGAAAAACAUUCCAUCAACACCAACACCAAUGAGAAUGAUCCACAAGAAUCUAGAAAGUCACAAAUCCCGGAAAGUCGUAGAAGGUCACUAGUCCCAGAAAGUCCUAGAAUGCCACCAGUUCUGGAAAGUCCUAGGUCACUGGUCCCGGAAAGUCCUAGGUCAUUAUCACCGGAAAGUCGUAUACGGUCACUAGUCCCGGAAAGUCCUAGGUCAUUAUCGCCGGAAAGUCCUAGAAGGUUAUUACAACCAAGUCCUAGAAAGUCAAUAUCACAAGAAAGUUCUAGAAGGUCAAUAUCACAGGAAAGUGUUAGAAAGUCACAGGUCUCAGAACAGCAUAAAAAGUCACUGGCCCAAGGAGAGUCUAGAAAGUCACUAGUUCCAAAAGAGUUUAGAAAGUCACUAGUCCCAGAACCUGAAAUUAAAGAGAAACUGAGCGCGCUCUACUGGACAGCCCCAGAAUUGCUAAGAAAGGCUGACGACAGUCUUGAUAAAGUGCGAAAAGGGACCAAAGUAGGAGAUGUUUACUCAUUUUCAAUGAUUAUGGUGGAAGUGUUAACCCGUGAUGCACCAUAUGCAGCAGAAAGUUUGGUGCUGAGCUCAGAGCAAAUCAUCAAUCUUUUGAAAAACAAGCCUGCUAUUGAAAACUUGAAAGCUAAGAAGGCAUUGGCAUCUGCAGGUUUUAAGAAUUACAACAAGCCAAUAUUUCGACCAUACUUUGCCACGUUCGGUUCUUCAGCAGAUAAUAAAAUGGAAAAGCCACUGAGCAAGCUGAUACGUGAUGCUUGGCAUGAAGAGCCAACCAGACGACCAUCAUUCAAAAGAUUGCUCGGUUCUCUAAGAAACAUGUACCCAGUUUAUUCAGGAAUGACUAAUAUGCUUGAAAGGUAUUCCUGUAACCUGGAGGAUGUUUUAGCCGAGAGGACAAAGAACCUGCUUGCAGAGAAAGAUAUAACAAUAAAGAUUCUUGGUCACUUGUUGCCCAGUCCAACCUUAGAGCAGUUGAAAUGUGGCCAACUCCUUGAGCCGGAGGCGUUCAACAGUGUUACUAUUUUAAUGAGUGACAUCAUUGGUUUUCAGAGUAUGAUUAAAAAAACGACACCCAUACAGCUGGUAUCUUUUCUCAAUGAUCUCUACACAAUGUUUGAUAAAAUUAUGGAGAGUUACGAUGUCUUCAAAGUCCACACCACUGGAGAUGCAUACACGGUCAUCGGUGGUUUACGGAUGCCCAGUCGUCACCACGCUGAACAUGUUGCAACUUUGGCUCUGGACAUGCUCUGUUCCAUGGUCAACUUCAAGAUCAGAUUUAACCCUAAUAAAAUCCUGGAAAUCAGAAUUGGAGUUCAUACUGGUCCUGUCGUGGGUGGUGUUAUUGGGCUCACGGUGCCAAGGUACUGUAUCUUUGGACAAGCGGUGACUGCUGCACAAAAUAUACAUGAAUCAUCAGUGGCUUUCAAAAUUCAUCUGAGUCAGACAACAGCUGAGCUUUUGAUGAAAACAAAAAAAUAUAAAGUUGAACCGAGAGACUCGACAGAUAAGGUCAAAGGAGGAAUGUCACCAACUUACUGGCUGAUGGGUAAAGACAACUAUGAGAACACAAUUCCAGACUUCGACAAAUUGUUAGAUCAGAAAGAUGAAUCGAUGAUAAUCUGAAAUAUCUGUGACAAAACGUAUCUAAUGGAUGAAGAACACCUGCAUCUGCAAGAAUUUAUAUGUUGUAAAGACAAAUAUUGGUGUACUUAAAGGAAUUCUGUUUUAAAUUGUAUUUGAAAAUGGUCAUUAUAUGUAUGACAUUACUUCAUAUCCACCAGGAAUUCCUGAUGUUGGCCACUAUUUGAAAACUGUUCCUGUUUGUUCUUUGAGGAGAAGUUCAUCGGAAUGCCUUAUUUUCAAGACACUUAAAAGAGUUUUGUAACCAUAGCAUUUCCAUCUCUGGCAAUCGGUGCUCUUGGGGUGACUUGCUUUUGUGUUGAGACUAUUGCACACAGCUUUACAUACUGUUACACCUUUUUAAAUGCAUGUACAGCUACUGUGUAAAUACAUAUGUAUUUCAUGCAUGAAUUGAAAACCCAAUUGAUUUUUUUUCAGCAUAUUAAUUGUAUUACAGAUUACACCUUU